GGCCCUCCGGGGGGGGGGGGGCUUCAACAAGCCGAUUUGGAUCAAAGCUGGCGCGAAGGCGCGCGAACCAAUAUCCCUCAUCCUUGCCCACCCGCAUCUUCCGACAGCCAUGAUGUUCAUCCUGAACCACGCGUACGUCGAGGGCGCCGCCUGGUUUGGCUGCUUUGAACGCGCGAAUGCGUCAGAGCAUAUCGCACCGCGCCGCGCCGCAUCGCAUUGCAAUAGAGCGUCGCAUCCAUGGUGCAUUCCAAUCUCAUUCAUCCAGUCACCAGGUGCACAAUCCGUCAGUCAUUCCCAACCAACCCACAUCCCAUCGUAUCUUCUGGCAGCUUCCUCCGCCUCCACUUUGGCCUCUGUCACCGGGGCCCCGACUCUCUGUCCUCUCCAUCUGCAGUGCAGACACGCUGGCAUCGGCUGCAUCACUCGCAGCUUGCUUUCCUCUUGCCUUUUGUUUAUUUUGCCUGUUUAUGUCUGCUCCGCGUGUAUAUAUAGGCUAUGGUAGGCUACACGCCGUGCUAUGCUUCUACUAGAAUGCAUAAAUCAUUGGGCU